AAAUAAUAAAACUAAGAAAGUCUUUAGAAGGUCUUCAAGAUGAUGCUAUCAACUUAUCAACAUGAUUAUGUGCAGCCAAACACCAAGCGCUAUGAUUUCAUGAUGCACGUCAAGGGCAAGGAUGGCUAUGGAGGUCCCAAAAUUGUGGAAUGUCAGUGCAUAGAGGAGGACAAGAUCAAACCGCCACCAGAUGCGGUUAAGAACUGCGCAGUGGAAUGGACAGGCAUAGCGCCAAUGGGUCGACUCGUAGAUCCGCGACUCAUACCCACCGCCAUUGCCAAGGAGCAGGCUGAUCAGAUGGCAUUUGCUCCAGAGUCCGAUUGCUUUAAGUUGCAGCCGAAUCGUUUUCUCAAAAUAUUGCGUACAGUUUAUCCAGAUCUGUAUGAACGUCUCAAGUCCUUGCCCAAGGAAGAGCUCAGCCGCAGGCUUGAGCAGAAUCGCAUGUAUACGACCUACCAGAUAGACUAUUGCGACAUGAAAGAAUACCCAGAGGGCAUAUACGAGAGCCUCAAGCCGGAGGAUGAGGUGGCGCGCAUGAAAUCCGACAAUUUAAUGUCUAGCCAGCCACCCUGCUCAGAGUUCCGUUCGAAUGUGAUGCAGCAAUUGGAGCGGGAAAACAAGCCCGGCUACGAGGUGAAGUCAACUGAAUGCGAGAAGGCGUACAAGCCGUUUAAGGCCAGCUUCGGUGACUCCUCACAGUUCGUCAAUUCGGGCAACAAUUCGCAUUGGAAGGCCGCAUCCAGUACUUUCCGAAAGGUGCCCAACUUUACCGAAUAUAUGGAUUCGAUUGGUCGCAACGGUUGCAUCAUUAUGCGCAACAAGCUCCACGAUCAUUCCAAAUGUCUUAAGAACUUUUGCCGACACGAACUUAAAUUUAACUGCACUGACAUGAAGCCGUGAUCCCAAAAAAAAUUAUGAUUAUGUGUAAAGAUGUGUAAAACCCACUAUUUUAUGUUGGCUAGUCUAAAUUUAUAGUCUAAUGUUUAAGCAAUAAAAUAUUAUAAUCAA